UAGUGCAUUUAUUCAAUUAUUCAUAAAUAGAUAACUUUUAUCAUUAUGACUUGUACAUUCGGUGCAUUAAGAGUAUUUAUAUGAUUAUAAAAUCUACUUACUUCUAGAGCAGACGAAACCAAAAACUAAAACAAUUAUUUCAAUAAAGUGAAUUGGCAGAAAAAAUGCCCGUAGCAGACUUUUUCAUAGACAAAAAUGUAUUCGUUACUGGUGGCAGUGGAUUUCUAGGAAAAGUGUUGAUAGAAAAGCUUUUAAGAUCUUGUCCAGGUAUUGGAAACAUUUAUGUACUGUUAAGGCCAAAGAGAAGUAAAUCGAUUGAAGAGCGUCUUGAAAAAGUUCUCGAAUCACCGAUAUUCAAUCCAUUGCGUCAUCAAAAUCCAGAUGUAUUCAAGAAACUGAUCCCCAUUAAAGGCGAUGUUUCGGAACUAAAUUUAGGUAUAAACAAAGAAGAUCGGGAAUUACUAGUUAACACUGUAAAUAUAAUAUACCAUUCGGCAGCAUCAGUACGUUUUGAUGACUUCUUAAAAGACGCCAUUAUUUUAAAUGUUCGAGGAACGAGAGAAGUUGCAAAGUUAGCCCUGGAUUUAAAGAACAUCUCAAUAUUCGUGCACAUAUCAACUGCUUACAGCAAUUGUGAUAAACUAGUAGUAGAAGAAAAACUGUAUCCAGCACAUGCAAACUGGAGGGAUGCUAUUACGAUAGCCGAGGAAUGUGAUCCAAAAACGUUACAGGUUUUUUCUCAAAAAUAUAUUUUUCCAUUACCCAAUACAUACACGUUUGCUAAGUCUUUAGGAGAACAUGUUGUUAAUGAAUUGUGUCAAGGAAAGAUACCAGUUGUAAUAACAAGACCCUCAGUAGUAAUGCAGACACUAUCCGAACCAAUUCAAGGAUAUAUCGAAAAUUAUAAUGGACCGACUGGAUUAAUGACCGCUCUAGGAAUAGGAGUGAUAAGGAUAAUUUAUGGAAAUAGAGAUGCCGUAGUAGAUUAUAUACCGGCCGACUACGUCAUAAAAGGGAUCAUAUUGGCAACCGAAUCACAAAGAACAAAAAAGACUACUUCUGAUAAUAUAGAAAUUUACAAUAUGUCCUAUAACCCUAUACUCCGUAUUACCUUAGAAGAAAUAAUGAGAUUUGGCGAUAAACUUUACAAGGAGAACCCAUAUUCGCAGAUGUUACGUCAUCCGAAAGUAGCUUUAACAGAAAAUUUUUAUAAAUUUUACUCUGAAGUGAUAAUAUCCCACAUGUUACCAUCACUACUUGUUGAUUUGAUUUUAAGAUUGAUUGGGCAGAUACCAAGGUUAGUUCGUAUACAAAGAAGGAUUUAUAUAGCCGCCAUUGUACUCCUUCCUUUCAUGACAAACACGUAUUCUCUUAAAAAUGAUAAAUUUUUAAACUUGCAAAAAAAUUUAAAAGAAGAAGAUUCUGCAUUUUCGUACAAAUAUCUACCUUGGACUGUCGAAGAAAGAGACGCAUAUAUGCGAUCGGGUAAGCUUGGUAUGGAAGCAUAUCUGUUAAAAAGCAAAUCUGUUAUUACUGGAGCAAAGGCUAAAAGGCAACUGAUGAAUUUUGGAUCAGAUAACAGCGAAGUUACAGGGUAAAAUUCCAUGGUUCUUAGUGUAAUGUAUGCUGUUGGUGUAGUGCUAGUAUGAAAUAGUAAAAGCAACUUAAUGUCCAGUUGCACCAACACCUAAAUGAUUGAUUUGGAUUGCCCGUUUAUUUUAAAAUAUAAUUGUCAAAAAACUGUCAAAUUAUAAACAGAAAUUUUAAAGAUUCUCCCAAAAAUAUUAAAUUUUAACAUUCGAAAGGAAAGAAAAGUGUGUUAUUAAAUUUGAUGGCAAAAAAUUUAAUAUUUUUCGGGAGAAUCGUUAACGUUUCUGUUCUUAAUUGACAGUUUUUUGACAAUUAUUAAAUUUUAAAAUAAACGGGCAAUCUAAAUAAAAAAAUCAAUCGUUUAUUUGUUGGUGCAACUGGACAUUAGAACAAAAACUGGAACAGUGGAGACAAGCUCUUGAGGAAAAGGGUUUAAAACUUGAUGGAUUCGACCGUUACUUGAUGGAAGUUCAUUUUAUCUAAAGUGAUCACUUGAGAAAGGCACUCCGCCGAAACAGCUGUAGUCACUUAGUUAUAAU